AUGCCUCGCAUACCAUCACCAUCAACUUCACCGUGUCCUACUCCGCCACCGGAAUCACAAGCUCUUAGUGGUAUCACCUUACAUAUCAUAGAUGCUAAACUUGACCCAAAGGAAACAGGAGAGAUGUACACAUUAGCUCAAAGCACUGGUGCCAAGUUGUCUCGUGUUCCCCAACUUGCCUCUGUUCUUAUUACACGUUUGACAAUGAGGAGACGGUUGGAGAGACACGUGUCUUGGGAUGUCGCAAAUACAAAACACAUUGUAUCACCUGAAUGGCUUCGGACGUGUGCACAGCAAAAGUUGUUACCUUUUUCUCAGUUCCAAACAAUCAAGACAGCCGCCGGAAGUCGUCGUGGGUCACUUGCUAGAACGACAAUGGAUACUAUUCAAGAUUCCGUCUCUAUUGGAGCCUCUCGUCCCGAUCAUAAGAGCUCCGGAGACCACGAGCACCCUCUCUCGACACACCGCCAUUCCCCCCUAUUUUGUCCGAAUCAAGAACUAUGUCUGGAGCUUGCUACUCUAGUGAAGGCUCGAUUUUUGGAAGGAGAAUUCAACAGUGAGCUAAGUUACUCUCGUGCUAUCGCCACUGUUAAAGCUUAUCCCAAAAAAAUCGAGGAUACCAGAGAUACACGAAAUCUGCCCUAUAUAGGACCUAAGAUCCAGAAACUCAUCGAAGAGUAUCUAAAAACUGGCAAUAUUGCUGAAGCACGAAAAGCCGCAGCAUCAGAGCGAUUCCAAGUACUAUCGCUGCUUACACAAGUACAUGGAGUAGGUGCAGCUAAGGCGAGAGAACACUAUGCAGCAGGUCGUAGAAGCCUUGAGGAUCUUAGAAAGUUCUACAGGGCAAAAGUCGAGGCCGGUACCCACCUAGGUAUAGCUGCGGCCCUCGAGCUGCAUGAUGAACUUAACACUACGUAA